AUUAUUCACUUCCGGGUGAGACGAAUCAGGCGCCAUCUUGUCUUGUUCGUGAAGAAGUAGAAGCAUCGAAAGGGUUGGAGAGCUAUUACAGGAACGGUGGGGACAAGGGUGUUCCGGAACCAGAGUAGGACAUAAAUAAUACUGCUGCUAUGCUUCCAAGCUGUAGUCUGAAUCAACCUAAAUUUUAAGCAGAAGGUGAAGCUCUGAGGUAAAAAAUCACAUAUAUUUUAAAAGAAAGGAUGUGGGAUCAAGGAGGACAGCCUUGGCAACAGUGGCCCUUGAACCAACAACAAUGGAUGCAGUCAUUCCAGCACCAACAAGAUCCAAGCCAGAUUGACUGGGCUGCUUUGGCACAAGCUUGGAUUGCCCAGAGAGAAGCUUCAGGACAGCAAAGCAUGGUAGAACAACCACCAGGAAUGAUGCCAAACGGACAAGAUAUGUCUACAAUGGAAUCUGGUCCAAACAAUCAUGGGAAUUUUCAAGGGGAUUCAAACUUUAACAGAAUGUGGCAGCCAGGCUGGCAGGGGCUGGGAACAUUCUGGAAACCUCACUUGGCAUCUAGGGAAGAGAGCAUUCUUUGUCUCUCUGUUGCAACCUCUGGCCUUUUCAGAAGCAGCACUGGCAGAGUAAAACAUGUCUAGACUCUAAUUAUAAGAAAAAGUGUGUCACUAUGUGACAAAUUAGUCUGUCAAAUAUACUCUGCCCCUACCAUCCACCUACCUUUUUCUUCCCUUUUUUGUUUGUUUGUUUGUUUGUUACUUCACAGUAUGAUUUAGAUUCCUUAAUGCUAAUUCAGUUUUCCAUGACUUGUGUUACUAUUUUUAAUAGUUAAUUCAUACUGUUUAUGGAGGAAUCAGUCACACAUUUGGGUAUGCUGAUGGUGAAGUCAUAUCCUCCUUUACCUAUUAAAAUUUAUUGUUUCUUACUAUAAGAAUGGAAAACUUAGGAAUUAGUCCCCUGGCAUCACUUUUAAAAAGAUACAUAAUUCUAAUCUUUGAUACUGUGAGGUGGUUCAUUUCUAGCUUUUUUGAAAGCCAAAUGUCCCCAAGUUUGAAAAUGUUUUAGUUCCCAAGUUCAGAUUCAUAAAUGACUUAUCCUGGCAUCCCUACCUUGCAGUCACCUCUGGCUUUCUUUGUGACCCUGGACAAGUGAUUUACCUAUGUGUGCCUCAAUUUCCCUUCCUGAAAUUGGCAAAAAUAAUACCUGAUUUCUCCCUACCUCACAGGGAUGUUGUGAGGAUAAGUGUUGUUCAUGGAAGAAACAAAUUAUAUAAACUCCCAAGGUAUUAUUUUUGUGGCAUUGUACUAAGCAAAUCUAGAAAAAUUCAACAAAAAAUUGCUUGGAUUUUGUUAACUUUCAUUAAACAUAAUUUUGAGCAUUUGGUUUCCAUUUGUUUAGGGUGUGAAUUCAAGUGGAAUUAGUUCAUUGAAUUAUAAGACAGUUUAGUUCAUUGUUUAUUUUUAAAAUGUACAAAAGGGUUUGACCAAGAAGUCAUAGUAUAUUUAUGUUACUUUACUGAAAAAUCUAGCUUUCUUGAGAUCUUAAAAUUUUGUGUUUAUUUUGUUAUAACCCCAUGUUGAAUGUUUUUAUGCCUGAAUCCUAAAUAGAAUGGGGAAUGCAUCAGCAACCCCCACACCCCCCUCCAGAUCAGCCAUGGAUGCCACCAACACCAGGCCCAAUGGACAUUGUUCCUCCUUCUGAAGACAGCAACAGUCAGGACAGUGGGGAAUUUGCCCCUGACAACAGGCAUAUAUUUAACCAGAACAAUCACAACUUUGGUGGACCACCCGAUAAUUUUGCAGUGGGGCCAGUGAACCAGUUUGACUAUCAGCAUGGGGCUGCUUUUGGUCCACCGCAAGGUGGAUUUCAUCCUCCUUAUUGGCAACCAGGACCUCCAGGACCUCCAGCACCUCCCCAGAAUCGAAGAGAAAGGCCAUCAUCAUUCAGGGAUCGGCAGCGUUCACCUAUUGCACUUCCUGUGAAGCAAGAGCCUCCACAAAUUGAUGCAGUAAAACGCAGGACUCUUCCAGCUUGGAUUCGUGAAGGUCUUGAAAAAAUGGAACGUGAAAAGCAGAAGAAGUUGGAAAAAGAGAGAAUGGAACAACAACGUUCACAGUUGUCAAAAAAAGAAAAGAAGGCCACAGAGGAUGCUGAAGGAGGAGAUGGCCCUCGUUUGCCUCAGAGAAGUAAAUUUGAUAGUGAUGAAGAAGAUGAAGACAAUGAAAAUGUUGAGGCUGCAAGUAGUGGGAAAGUCACCAGAAGUCCAUCGCCAGUUCCUCAAGAAGAGCAGAGUGAACCAGAGAUGACUGAAGAAGAGAAAGAGUAUCAAAUGAUGUUGCUGACAAAAAUGCUUCUGACUGAAAUUCUACUGGAUGUCACAGAUGAAGAAAUUUAUUAUGUAGCCAAGGAUGCACACAGGAAAGCAACGAAAGCUCCUGCAAAACAGCUGGCACAGUCCAGUGCACUGGCUUCCCUCACUGGACUUGGUGGACUGGGUGGUUAUGGAUCAGGAGACAGUGAAGAUGAGAGGAGUGACAGAGGCUCUGAGUCAUCUGACACUGAUGAUGAAGAAUUACGGCACCGAAUCCGGCAAAAACAGGAAGCUUUUUGGAGAAAAGAAAAAGAACAGCAGCUAUUACAUGAUAAACAAAUGGAAGAAGAAAAGCAACAAACAGAAAGGGUUACAAAAGAAAUGAAUGAAUUUAUGCAUAAAGAGCAAAAUAGUUUAUCACUGCUAGAAGCAAGAGAAGCAGACGGUGAUGUGGUUAAUGAAAAGAAGAGAACUCCAAAUGAAAUAUCAAAUUUAGAACCAAAAAAGGAGCAUAAAGAAAAAGAGAAACAAGGAAGGAGUAGAUCAGGAAGUUCUAGUAGUGGUAGUUCCAGUAGCAACAGCAGAACCAGUAGUACUAGCAGUACUGUCUCUAGCUCUUCAUACAGUUCUAGCUCAGGUAGUAGUCGUACUUCUUCUAGGUCAUCUUCUCCUAAGAGGAAAAAGAGACAUAGCAGGAGCAGAUCUCCAACAAUGAAAGUUAGACGCAGCAGGAGUAGAAGCUACUCUCGCAGAAUUAAAAUAGAGAGCAGCAGGACUAGGGCAAAGAUGAGAGAUAGGAGGAGAUCUAAUAGAAAUAGCCUUGAAAGAGAAAGACGGCGAAAUCGGAGUCCUUCCCGAGAGAGGCGUAGAAGUAGAAGUCGCUCAAGGGAUAGACGAACCAAUCGUUCCAGUCGCAGUAGGAGUCGAGAUAGGCGUAAAAUUGAUGAUCAACGUGGAAAUCUUAGUGGGAGCAGUCAUAAGCAUAAAGGUGAGGCUAAAGAACAAGAGAGAAAAAAGGAGAGAAGUCGAAGUAUAGAUAAAGAUAGGAAAAAGAAAGAUAAGGAAAGGGAGCGUGAACAAGAUAAAAGGAAAGAGAAACAAAAAAGGGAAGAAAAAGACUUUAAGUUCAGUAGUCAGGAUGAUAGGUUAAAAAGGAAACGAGAAAGUGAAAGAACAUUCUCUAGGAGUGGUUCUAUCUCUGUUAAAAUCAUAAGACAUGAUUCUAGACAAGAUAGCAAGAAAAGUACUACCAAAGAUAGUAAAAAACAUUCAGGCUCUGAUUCUAGUGGAAGGAGCAGUUCUGAAUCUCCAGGAAGUAGCAAAGAAAAGAAGGCUAAGAAGCCUAAACAUAGUCGAUCGCGAUCCAUGGAGAAAUCUCAAAGGUCUGGUAAGAAGGCAAGCCGCAAACACAAGUCUAAGUCCCGAUCAAGAUCAACAACCCCUCCCCGUCGUAAACGCUGAGGAAUGAUGUGGCAAGAAUGCCAUUGAUGUUGUUUAAAAAAUUCCAUGAGUUUUAAGGGCUUGUCUCAUUAUAGAGGCACAUUGUGGCUGUGUAGGUGAAACCAGAGUUUUUUUUUUUUUUUUUUAAUCUGUAAAUAGGUGUACUUUUUCAAUGCUGCUCCAAGUUACUUAAUAGGAUUUCUUUGUAUUACAUUUUUUCCAAAAAAAAAAAAAAUAGUGCAUAAUAAGACUAUAAACAUGCCAUUCUCUUUCAGCUGUAAUGUUCUCAAAAUUAUUCUUGAAUGUACUGUGACGUCAAUAAAGCUCUUUAGUUCAUUUUUGUUAAAUUCUUGCACCUUAAUUUUAUGAUUUCAGUCUAAAGAACAUACUUUUAUAAAAAGGCAGCUGGAAUUUUGUAUAACAGGUUUUAAAGGUACUUCCUCUUACCACCCCCAAAGAAAAUGGUUUUAACUUCAUAGUUUGUCAAAGUUUGUAAAUUGUACCCAUGAACUUUUGUCAAAUUCCAACUUUAAGGGUGUGGAAGUGGGCUAAGAAAUCAGAUCUUUACUUUUCAUUUGGAAGCAUUUGACAGUUUUCUAAACUUUUCUAUUUGGGGGAUUUUCCAGUAAUAUAUUCUUUAUGUGUAUAAAGUAUGGUUCUCUCCUGUAAAAUGCAAUCGCUGCAGUCAAUCAAGUCAGUAUACCCAUAGAGUUAUUUGUAAGGAACAAUUGUGUUUGAUGCUAACAGUCAAAUCUAGAAUUCUAUUCAGCACUCAUCCACUUCUGUUUUAAAAGCAUAUUUAAACACUUUAAGGUUAUUAUAGAAAUAAGCCUCAUGAUUCAAUAUAUUUAUUUAUAUUUUUAAAGUAUAAUAUGACCUCAACUCAAUAGAGGAAUGCUGUAUGUGCAGGAAUGCAGGUUUGUGUCAAUUUCAUAACAUUAAAGUACUCUGAUUUUAUCAGUUUCUUAAAAUUAUGAUCAGUGAGUAUUCUAGGUAUUCAUAACUUAGGAGUGCGGUGCUCUCAAGGCAUUUUAACUUAAGUGCUCAACCGCUUUCAGGGUCCAUUUUCAUAUGAUUACUCAUUUAUGCAGUAAUAGAUUAAUUUCCCCAAACAAAUGCUUCUAAGUUUUAAGAAGGAAAAAAAAAAGCAGGUACAGGACACAGAAAAGUUUUAAAGUAUGCCUUUUUACCAGCAAUAGUUCAUUUUAAAAAUAAUACCAAAUUUUUGCCAAGAUCAGUGUUCUCUCAAGAUAGAAAUAUUUUAUAUAGUGUGCUCUUGUACCUCUCCAUAGGUUCUUAUAGAAUUUUGAGUAGUUAUGCAUUUAUCUAAAGGAAAUAAAUCAACUGUGAAUAAAUGCAUGUUUACCAAACUGGCUGUUUACAGUGCAUUUAGUUCUGAUAUUUAUAAAGAUGACAUUGCACAGGAUAACUCUAAAAUAGUUUGGAAUUCUAUAUAGUGUAGACAUCAGUUACAUCUGGAGACAAAGGAAAAUGUGCAAUAUUUUUUAUGUAGGUGAGUUAACACAGUGUACCUAAUUGCAGAAUUAUCUCAUUAAUUUGUAAUAGAUAAGUUGUAUAACAUUUUCAUAUCUUAAAAUGUUUUUUAGAUCAAUCUUGAAGUGAAAUAUUUUCAAAAUAAAAUACUACAGAAAAAUUC